GUAGUGAUAACUAUACAGCCACAGAUAACCAAAAUCUGAACGUUUUUGCUGAAAUUUAUGCUGCUCGUAAACUUCGUACUGUGUUUCGUUUUGAACUUGGGUAGUUAUUAUUAUUAUUUUUUUUUUCUAGCAGUUUAUUCGUCAAAUUAAUAAUUUUUUAUUUACCACAUUAGGUUCCGAUCGACAUGUUUAAAUUUUUCAAGUCGUUAACAACACACCAUCAAUGUGUAUCAGUUGCGGCGAGAAAUCUAUCGACGUAUGGAGGACCCUUGUUGUUCCGUGCAUCUGCACCCAUGUUUGCCGAACCGCUGAAGAAGAAGAAACGUUUAGACCCACAGAUAUUAAAAGCUAGAGAAGACAGGAAACGCAAAAAGAUUGAAAAAUCCAUUCGGAAAUUGGAAAAGGUAUAAUAUGAGUAGAUACCUUACCUCUAGUGGGUACUUACAACAAAAAUGCAGAUAUAUAUAUUUUGAAGUAUUAUAAUAUUUGAGCUGUGUUUAAGACAAAUAAAUAUUAAACAGGCACUAUGGAAUUAUAUAAUACCUGUUAGUUGUACAUAACUUUUAGAAAUUCAAAAUUAAUCAAAUCAAAUUUUUUAAUGUAGGUACCUACCUGUAAAAGUUUGUGAUUUGACAGUUGUUUUUUUAAGUGUUAACACCAAAAUUUUACAAGGCAAAUAAGUUUCACUUUAUCAUUUCAUACAUUUAUAAUUGAUGAUAUUGAGCUAUAUUAUUGUUGUUCAAUGUUUAUAUUUUAUGCAGGUAUAAUUCUUAUAUUUUUUGUUCCUAUGAAUUAUUGAUUAGAACAAUUAAAAAAUCAUAAUUUAAAUAACAAUUCAGUCUAUUGGUCUUAAUGUAUGUGUUCGAGUUUACUAAUAACGUAAUUUCAUUUAAUUAUUUAUAAAUAAUAUAAUUUUUUAUCUGUAGGUGGCCAAAACAUUUAAACCCAUUGAUGAGGUACAAUUGAUGGCUUUAUUAUCCAAUGAAAAAAAUAUCCGUCAGAGACCAGCUGUGGAGCAUACUGUUGAUCAACUUGAAAAUAGGUUAUCUCUAGUAAAGCAAUGGGCAAAGCAUAAACACGAUGAACACUAUUUUAAUCUCCAGGUAAUCAAUGAUUUAGAAUAUUCUCAGCAACGGGCAUUAAACGAGUUACGCGAAGUUUCGGAAGAGCUCUAUCAAGCAGCCAUUGAGAUUGAUGAAUCAUUAUUGCCAUACGAGUUAAUUGGACCAGUAGAGACACCUCCAAUUGAAAAUUACGAAAGUCCUGAUGGAGAAUAUAUAGAUGUUACAAAAAAAUGGGAAUGAAAUUAAUACUAAGAAUUCAAAUUGUAUAUUGAAAAAAAAAGCAAGUUAAAUAAUAGAUUUUGUAAACGUUGAAAAUAUAUUAUGGUAAUUACAUAAAUUAUUUAAUAAUAUUAUAUUAUUUGUUUUAUACCAAUUUUAACCGUAUAGUUAAACAUUGAUAUCUAACCUAAUGUAAAAUUCCGAUUGAGACAUUUUACUCCUAGGAAAAGUAUUUUACUGGUAUUUAGUUUCGUUAUGAGGGACUAAUUAUUAUAAUGAUUUAUUUUUUUCAAUUGUAAUAAUCUGUAGGCUAAUAUUUCUCUAAAAAUACAUCAUGAAAAUCAAGUCUCACUGAGUUACAACUAAAAAAAAAUUAAUUUUCUCAUUUCCAAUCGGACAAAAUUUACUAUCUAUCAGAAACUUUGAAGACCAAUAAUGAUUAAUUGUCCAGUUGAUCACCAGACAGACAAAUUAUAAUAAAAACACAUAUAGUAAUUCUUUUGUUGUUAUGUUUAAAAAAAUAAAUAUAUAUGUGUAUAAUAAACAAUUGAUAAUUCAUUAAUAACAACAAGAUCAAUAACAUAAUAUUCUUUAUUAUACUUAGGACUAGAUAAAAAUUAUUGUAAAUACUAAUUAAUUAAUAUCAUGUGUAUAUUACAAUUUAUAAUGAUACCUACCGAGUUGUAUUUGGAACAAUGAACCCACAAAAACCAAUACAUUGAAAGUUUUCGAACAUAUUAUGAAUUCCAAACAAAUAUUUAACUUAUUUAAUUUCUAUGUAAUAAUAAAUAAUAUUUUUCGAGGAUAUGAGAAUAUAAUAUUUCAACCAAGUAGGUGAAAACCUAGUAGUUUAUAUCUUGAUUAUUGAUAAUAUUGCUUUGAUAACGGACGCUGCGGCCAAAGAUGCGUACGGUUGCCAAUCGUUUUUUAAGGAUCCGUCUUUAUAGUCGGAAAUUCCUCGGACGACUGCGUAUGAAUGACAAUAAUUGCCCAUAAGGGAUCCCAUAACCGAGUCAAAUUCCGAAUCCAUCGCCAACAGUUUGUACUCGGUGGCGAAUUUCUUCCUCGUGGACUCGUUGGACACGGCGCUCUGUCCGCCUCCAAUGGGACCUACGUGUAUUCGUGUCCCUCUGAAACCGGUGAACACAAUCAGCAAUACUGUUAGAAAAUCGUCAAAAUUAAUCGUAUUAUUAUUAUAUUGCUACGCGCGUACAAAUCUUUGUUUUUUUGACUGUCUGAAAUCGGAUGAGUGAUUUCAAUUAAUUCUGUUCCUCCUCCAAUAAACAUUUGUAGUUUAUCCGAAUCCGCGGGCGGCCGAUUAAAAUCCGAUUCGCCGUCCGUCUUUUGUUUUUCGAUUUUGUUCAGACCCUCGCUCAAGUAAACGUCCCACAACGGCCUCGUAUUAUCGAUCGAUUUGACCUGUUGAAAAAACAAUUCACGUUUUUAUUUUUCACCGCAAACAUUCCCUUAUUUCAAGCCAAGUACAUACAUUCGUAUAAGUACUACUUACUUCUGUUUGUAACUUCAUCGCAGCUAUCUGUAUAUCGAACGUUUUUGGACUAUAUUGACGGCAGUGGAAUGUAAUAUUACCGUUUUCGUUUAAAACGUUUUCGCAGUACGUGUAAACGGCCCUUAAAA